UUUCAUUCUCAUUUGACAUCAUCAACAUUGAAAUUGAAUUAAAACAAGAGCAAAAAAGAAGCAAGCAGCAGUGUUCUCGAGUUCGAUUACGAUUCUCCUACCGAUUACGAAUUCUUUGGUGAAAUUCAAAUCGCCAACGAAAUCAACAAGAAUCAAUGCAACCACCAAACAGGACAUAGAAGAGAGUGACAGUGUGUGAGAGUGAGACAGAGAGAUCAAGAUGAUCAACAGCUACAGUGCUGUAAGUGCGGCUGCUGCUGCUGCUGGUGGCACACCAGUAACUCUGCAUUUCAACUAUAACAACAACAGCAGCAACAACAACAACAACAGUGGCCUUAAAAUGCUGCCAGCAUCAACAACAACAACAGCAAUCGAGCACAAAAGCCACAACAAUAAUCAUAUUAUCAACAGUGCUGUCCCAACAACAACAACAACUGCGAAACUGUUUAAAAUCACACAAAAUGAAGUUGUUGAGGGCAAGCAUUUCCUACAACAGCAACAAAAUCAGCAACAGCAAAAGGUUGGCAAGGGGGGAGCUGUAGUCAAUUGGGUGGUGCCAGGGUUGCCAUCAUCAUCGUCAACAACGACUUGUAUAAAUACCUCAAAGAGCACCAAAGAGCCGCAGCACUUUAUCCAACUCAACGUCCAGUCAACCAACAACAAAAACAACAACAACAAAGAGCAACAGGUGCAAUCAGGAACAGGAACAACAACAACAGCAUUAACCAAAGGUGCCUUUAUUGAAGUGAUGAUGACAACAAAAACAACAGCGCCACAACGCACUGAGGACCAAGAAAAUGCCUUUCGCCGCAUCGAGGAUGUCCACAAUUAUGCCAAGCUCCAGCAUCAUCAUCAUCCACAUCCACGUUCACAUCAUCAUCAACACCACAAUCAACAGCAUCGUAAUAAUCAUCGUCAUCACGACAUCAGCAGCGAUGAGUUGGGCGAAGAAGAUGAUGAUGAUGACGACGACGACGACGAUGAUGAUGAUGAUGAUGAAGAGGAGGAGGAUGAUGAGAGGGAACUUCACUUGAAUGCUGCCAUAGCAAAGAUGAAGAAGAAGCGUCAACCAGUCAACAACAACAACGUCGACGAAGAGGAUGAAGAAGAUCAAGUGGAGGUCGAUGUAGUCACUGUUACACCAACGACAACAACAACAACAACAGCAAUGCCACAACAACAACACCCAAUAGAACAUGAGCAGGAGCAGCUCAUCAUGCGCCCCGAGCAUCAUGCUCGUCGCCCCAUGAACGCAUUUCUCAUAUUCUGCAAGCGUCAUCGCGCCAUCGUUAAGGAGCGUUACAAGUCGCUUGAGAAUCGUGCUAUAACCAAGAUACUUGGCGACUGGUGGGCGGCACUAGACGAACAGGAGAAGCAGUGCUUCACCGAUCUGGCGCAACAGAACAAGGACGCUUUCUUCAAUGCCAAUCCCAAUUUUAAAUGGUACAAACUGCCAGCGCCGCCGUUGCGUACGCUUGCAACACGCCCCAGCAAUGCAACAGCAACAACAGCCGCACAUCAAAGCGACGAACAGUUGCAACAUCAACAUCAACAGCAACAACAACAACAGCAGCAGCAGCAACUGCAUUGGGAGCCCAAUGAGGUGGCGCAAGUGCUGCGUCGUAAUUAUUUUAAAUUCGCUGACGAGACGCAGAUGGGCGAGUUGAGUGUGUUGCUCAAUGUGCAGGAUAAAGAUUAUGCGCUGCAGCAGGCGCUGAGCGAAACGUCCCAGUUUCUUAACGUCCACAUGCCCACCAGCAACAAGAGCAACAACAACAACAAUAAUGUUAAACGUGGCGCUGACAGUGCGAGCAACUCCAGCGAGGAGGAGGAACGCGGCUCGCCAUGUAAAAAACUCAAAUCAUCGCGUUCGUGCAAAGGCAAAAUAUAUCAAGAGCUGAUCAAUUCGGGUCAAUUGGCGGCAAUAGCGAAGAGCAAGAGCAAGUGCCGCUUAAAUAGCGGCAGCAGCAGCAAUGGGAGUGGCAGCAACGAUGCCAAUAGCAGCAACACGCCUCCAAUAUCCCCAACAACAGCAGCAGCAGCAGCAACAGUUGCCAUCGAUUGUCAGCAACAACAGCAUGAAGUGACAACCACAAGCGCAAUUCGUGCAGCAGCAGCAGCAGCGAGAGGAUUGGGAGCUGGAGCCGGAGUUGGUGUCGGUGUCGAGUUUGAUCUGGAAGAGAAGAUUAAAGAGUUGCCAGCGCUAAGCUUGGAUGUUUAUCUGCAGCGCAAGCGCAGCACCAAAAAGAAGAAGAAAUUCAGCAGCAACAAAAAGCAACGCAACUCGCACAGCACCAGCUCAGCAACUGGAGCAGCAACAACUGCCGCCGGAGCAACUCCAACUGCCGGCAAGCAAACGCGUAACAAAUCCGAGUCUGAGGUAAUGAUAUCGCCCACAGGCUCAUCAUCCUCAUCCUCAGCUGCCGCGGCUGCUGCUGUUGGCAGCCAGAAGCGCAAGGCGCGCAAGGAGAGCAUCACACGUCGCGAUGUCAGCGCCAUUGAGCAGGAGGUGGCCUCCAUUCUGCCGCUGACCAUCAAUGGUUGCUACUAUUUCAAUCAGGCGCAACUGAUGCCGCCACGUCCAACAACAGUUGGAGCAGGAAAUGCAACUGGAAAUGUGAGUGCAACUGCAGCAACAACAGCUGCUGCUGCUCCUGUUAACUUGGCAUACGAUGUGACAUCCACUACCUCAGAUCUUCUAAUACUGGCCGAAGUGGCCGCCAAUCGCACUGAGCUGACAAAGUCGAAUUAGCCCAGCCAGCGUUGUUGUCUUGUGUUGUUAGAGAGGCCGCAGAGAGAGAGCAGAAAGAAGAGCUGCGGCUGUACUUAUAUAUAUAUAUAUCCGCAGAUAUAUCAUAUAUAUAUAUAUAUAUAUAUAUAUUGUAUACUAGACUAAUUGUUAUUGUUUGAUUUUCUUUGCUGAUUAAGAUGAUGAAGAUAAUGUUGAUGAUAAUAUUCGUCGUGCCUGUAAAUGGAGACACUGUAAUACACUGAGAGUAAAUAGACAUUCGUUGAUCUACAAUUUUAGUCAAUAAUAUAAUACGAACACACUCACACAAACACACACACACACGCAUAUGUAUAAACAAAAUUUUAGAUCAAAUUGAAAGAGACAAGUUUAUGUUUUCUUUUUUUUUUAACUAAUUUGUUAUUUGUUUUACAUUUUUCUCUCUCGCAAUAAUUGAAUAAUGAACUUAUUGCUAUUUUUUUUUUUUUUUCUCAAUUGUUUUUGUUAAGUUUUCUAGAUGCAAACAACAAGAAAUACAAACAAAAGGAAUAUGAAAUAGAAAAGAAUACAAAAGAAAUGAAAUGCAUAUGUGCUGCGCUUAUUAAAUGUUAA